AUGCCGCGCUUCAUCCCCAGCUCUGCAAUUUUGAUUGCUCUUCUUUCCACACUCAUCAUCAUCUUCAACCCUGCAGCUCUUUCUUACCUGAAGCAACUCACCUCUCUAAUCUCACCAAAAACGACCAGCUCUUUCACCACAACAACCCCAACCAUCGCCUCGCAAAGUCCCAUGCUCAAGUCUGCCAGCAACAUGUCCAAGUCCGUCCUUCGCCAGGCCAAGAUCACGCCGCACCGCUCCGGCACCCGCGGCCACUCGGACCAUGGCUGGCUCAACACCUACCACAGCUUCUCCUUCGCCGACUGGUACGACCCGCGCUUCUCGCACUUUGGCUCGCUGCGCGUACUCAACGAAGACCGCGUCAAGGCCAACUCGGGCUUCCCGACGCACCCGCACCGCGACUUUGAAAUCUUCAGCUACAUCCUCUCCGGCGAGCUCACCCACCGCGACUCCAUGCUCGCCAAGGGCAGCGAGGGCGCGCAGUCGGACAAGUUCUACCGCAUGCACCGCGGCGACGUGCAAUUUACCACCGGCGGCACGGGAAUAGCGCACUCCGAGUUUAACGAGCACGCAAAGGAUACGGUGCACUUCUUGCAGAUCUGGGCGACCCCGUGGAGGAAGGGCCUGGCCCCGCGGUACCACACCCGCACUUUUGACGAGGCGGCCAAGAGGGAGGGCUUCAUCACUAUACUCAGCCCGCUAAAGGGCGGGCCGGAUGCCACGGCGCAGCAGGAGAAGGACGCGGAGCCGGAGGUGGCGGGGUCCAUCCCGAUACACGCCGACUUCGCCAUGGGCGCGGGCAUCAUCACGCCGGAGAGGACGUUUGAGUGGGUGGUGGGCGCCAAGGCGACCGAGGCGAACAAGAGAAAGGUCUACGUACACCUGCCGAUGACGCAAAACGGCAAGGCCAAGAUUCGCAUCGAUGGCCGCGAGGAUGCUGAGCUUGUUGAGGGUGAUGGCGCCUUUGUUGAAGGUGUCCACGCUGGCGACAAGCUUGCGAUUGAGAGCAUCGGCUCCGCAGAUGCGGAAGUAAUUGUUUUGGAUACCGCAUAA